GUCAGUUGUUGGUCGAACUCAACCCAAAAAGGCCAAAACCCUAGCCAACUCCUCACCCCCCAAAAGAAAACCCUAGCAAACUGUAAUUGGACUAUUUAUAGCACCGACAGGCAUACAAGUUUGAAGGAAAAACCCUACCAAAACCCACACUACAUAUCAAGUGGUGUCAAAGCCGGCUCCCUCUAGGUCUCCAUUCCCUCACUCGCGUCUCUCUCUCUAAAGUCCUUGAAAAUGCCGCUUGGGGAAAGGUCAGGCGAUAAAAGCGAUUCGCGCUAUUGUGGAGUUGAGACAGAGUUCAACGAUGACAUGCCUCAGCUUCUGUUUGUCAAUAUCAAUGGUGGCUUCGAUUUCGUUGUCGCUCCUUUGAUGAAUCCUGAUUAUAGGCCUAGCUUGAUGGAUAAUGACAGAAGCAGAUCUGGUGUUCUUCCUUUUGCUGGAUCAGACAUAGUGUUGAGCCCGUCACAGUGGAGUACUCAUGUUGUUGGCAAAAUUAGCUCAUGGAUUGACUUGGAUUCAGAAGAUGAGAUAGUUCGGAAUGAUUCUGAGAUUGCUUUGAAGCAAGAAAUAGCCUGGGCUUCUCAUCUCUCUUUGCAGGCAUGUCUACUUCCUGCCCCUAAAGGAGCAUCCUGUGCUAAUUAUGCUAGAUGCGUUAAUCAGAUUCUACAGAACCUAAAUAGUAUACAGUUGUGGCUUAGGAUUCCAUUGGAGAAGUCUGAUGAUGAUGCUAUGAGUGGGAACUCUGAUAAUUUGAGUGAUGGACAAGUUGAUUCUUGGGAAUUGUGGAAUUCCUUUCGUCUUCUUUGUGAGCAUCACAGUCAGUUGUCAAUUGCCCUCGAUGUGUUGUCUUCACUACCUUCGGCAAAUUCACUUGGACGUUGGUUUGGAGAGCCUAUUAAAGCAGCCAUACUUCAUACCAAUGCUUUUCUAACAAAUGCACGGGGGUACCCUUGUCUAUCAAAGCGCCACCAAAAGCUAAUGGUUGGGUUUUUUAACCAUUCAAUACAGAUAGUUAUUUCCGGGAAACCAGUUCACAGUUUUCCUGCGGGAAGUUCAGAGUUAUCUGCUAAUCAUACUGAUAAUCACAUUGAUGGUACUCAGAGACAUCCCAUAAGGUCAUAUUUGGACUAUGUUGGUUAUUUAUAUCAGAGGAUGGAACCACUUCCUGAGCAAGAACGUUUUGAACUUGGUUACAGAGAUUUCUUACAAUCGCCUUUGCAACCACUCAUGGAUAAUCUAGAGGCCCAAACAUACGAAACAUUUGAGAAGGAUACAGUCAAAUAUAGCCAGUACCAAAGGGCAAUCUGUAAAGCUCUGCUUGAUAGAAUCCCGGAUGAAAAAGCAUCUUUGGUUACCACUGUGCUAAUGGUUGUGGGAGCUGGACGUGGACCUCUUGUUAGAGCGUCAUUACAGGCAGCUGAAGAAACCGGACGCAAGUUGAGAGUUUAUGCAGUGGAGAAAAAUCCGAAUGCAGUUGUUACACUUCAUAGCUUGGUUAAACUAGAGGGCUGGGAAAAUAUUGUUACCAUAGUUUCUAGUGACAUGCGUUGUUGGGAUGCUCCUGAGAAAGCUGACAUUUUGGUCAGUGAAUUGCUGGGUUCCUUUGGGGACAAUGAGCUGUCACCUGAGUGCCUUGAUGGAGCUCAAAGAUUUUUGAAGCAAGAUGGCAUUUCAAUUCCAUCAUCGUAUACAAGUUUUAUCCAACCUGUGACAGCAGCAAAACUAUAUAAUGAUGUUAAGUCACACAAAGAUCUUGUGCACUUUGAAACUGCUUAUGUUGUCAAACUGCACUCUGUAGCAAGGCUUGCUCCCUGCCAUCCUGUCUUUACAUUUACUCAUCCAGAGUGCUCAACUAAGAAAAACAAUCAGCGCUAUAAGAAGCUUCAGUUUGAGAUACCCAGUGAUACAGGAUCAGCUAUGGUUCACGGAUUUGCGGGCUAUUUUGAUGCAACACUUUACAAAGAUGUACAUCUCGGUAUUGAGCCGUCAACAGCAACACCAAACAUGUUCAGCUGGUUUCCAAUAUUUUUCCCUUUGAGGACACCAGUAUGCAUACGACCAGGUUCACCUUUAGAAGUACACAUUUGGCGGUGUUGUGGUUCCACCAAGGUUUGGUAUGAAUGGUGUGCGACUUCUCCCACCCAAUCUGCUAUUCACAACACCAACGGCCGUUCAUAUUGGGUUGGCCUAUAGGACCAUGAAUCUUCUGUUUUAGGUUGGGAAGUCGAAGUGAAGGCCAAGAGAGCAGCCCUUUGUUGUAAAAUUUUUGGAAGUGAGCAUUCUCCUCUGAAGAGAUCGUGGCGAAUGAAGGGGCCACACAGCCUUGCUAAGACCGGGAUGAGAUUGCACUCAACCUCGUUAUGUAUUGUAUAAUAAGAUAUCAAAAUAUAGUUAUUGUUCAUUGUAUCAAGCAAUAGUUUCUUGAGUGAAAAUUGGGAUUUCAUCAUAUUACAAGAAUUUUGUUAGAGGGAUCAAAUAGUUUCAUAGUGGUUGUCUACAGAUUUUUUAAUUGGCUAAGAUCCAAAAGUGUUUGCACUUUGGUAUGAUGAGCUUUUAGAUUAUACUGCCUGACGAUUAAAGAGCUGAUCUUACUUCUAUGCGUGAGAGGCUGGGGUGCACGCGAAUCCAUUUGAACUGUUCUGGACUAAUCCGAACCAUGCAGUUGUUUGGUUCCAGUUUAAAAAAUGGUGGAACUGUUAACCAUGCCUUGAUGCCAAUUGGGUUUUGUGACUUUUGUCAAUUGGGUUCGUGAAUUUAGAACAAUUUUGUCAUUAGCAGUAUUUGGUGGGGGCACCACGACCACAAGACCCGUCACUUUUUGAUUGUCUUGACUUGGUGGAAUUUCCCUGCUUCUGCCCGGGCCUAGAAAGGCCAGCCCAAAACUAGACUUGGAUUACAAGUUCAUUAUAAAUUAAGAAUAUGGUAAUUAAUUACUGGUACUACAUAAAAAUACUAUUAACAAUCUAAUGAAUUAUUUUUAUAAACGAGAAUAUAACUGUCGGUGUGAAAGGUGAUUUUGAAGGACGUUUAUUUCAUUAUUUGAACAAAUAUGUGAAGAAUAGGCGAGCUUCCAAUCGCCCUAUUUAAGGUGAUACUUAAAAGAAUACACUGACACACCCUUUGUUUUUUUCCAGAUACAAAGUCCAGGUUAAGUUGGACUAAAUUUAUAAAACCCGAUUAAUGGAAUAAAUCAGAUGGCCCGUGAAAAUAGUAAUCCUUUCUUUGUACGGAUUCUAAUAAAUACUGUAGGGCUCCAAAUAAAUUGCUUAUAUUCUCUACAAUACCCCUCCCUCUACCCGUAAUGAAUUAGCUGACUUUCUUGAUGCUGUACCCCUAGUAAUCCGUAUGCAAGUCUAAGACGGAGUCGUCUGAGGGGUAUUUAAAACCACUCCGUCUCUCCUUAACUUUUGUAUUACCUAUUUGGGUUAGGGUUUCGUAUUUUUAAGAUCUGGUCGUCAAUUUGACUAAAGCACGAAGGGGUUAACCAAGGGUUCGAGUUUUGUCAUUCUGUGAAUCGCAGCCAUGUAUAAUGGGGUCGGGUUAGUGACCCCUAGGGGUUCGGGUAGCAACGGGUCCACACAGAGCAACAAGUUCUUGGUGAAGAAGAAGAUGUUGCCGCUUCAAAGUGGGAAGGAUUUGGGUUUCACCAAAAAAACCCGAAAACAAGGACAUCCUAGACCACGACCGCAAACGCCAGAUUGAGCUCAAUCUCGUGAUACUUGAGGACACUCUCAUCAAUCACGGAUACUCUCGGGAUGAAAUUGAUGAUAAGCUCAACGAAGUUCGGAUUAAUUUUGAAGCCACCGUCGGAGAUCCUUGGUCGAGCCACCGCCAUCAUGGUCGCGGACGAGAAGAAGUUUUAGGGGUAAAAAAACCCGCGUAAAAGGGCCGAGUUAAAAGAAUGUUUGAUUUUGAUUUACGCACAUUGUACUAUGAUUUUAGAUAGGGUGGGCAAAAAAAUUCGCAAAUCUGUGAUUGGAUUGACAGUCCUAUGGAUCGGUGGCGGAUUACUCUUAACACACUGUUCUUUUUGUAUUUUUUUUAGUAAGUAUUAUACCAUUAGUUUUAUAAUAUUUA